AAUCCUUAAGACUGUUGAAAAUGUUACAAGUGACAUGAUAAUUUAGCCAGUGCCUCAGAAUGAUGGAUUACCAGAAGACUGGAAAUGGUUUGGAGGUGGCUGGUGUAGGGGAGUCUGCAGUCCACGUGGUGGGGUAUUUGGGAAAAGACUCAAAUUCUGCUGAAAUAAUCCAGGAUGGACACUGCCCCCUUUGCAAAAAGAAAGGUCGAAAGCAAGCUUUGAGAAAAUACCGCAUCAAUUUUCAAGAGUCUGUUUUCCUUUGUGAAAAUCCUCAGUGCGUCUACCCUCUGGGAUUUGAUUCCCUAAGUAACAUUAUAGUUCCUAUUGAUCCAAAAGAUUAUUCAUCUCAGGGCACUUGCAGGAAAAGAAAGUUCUUCAAAACAAGCUUGGUAACCACUCCCUCUGAAUCCUCCUCAAAACGUGAUCUUUCUCCCAGGUACAAUGAAGAGAAUCUGUUUAGAACUCAUUCAGGACAUCCUGAUUUUUCUCCAGCCACUCAGCCUAAUUUUAAUAAUGCAACGGAAUCCAUGCCGCAGAAAAUGGAAAGACAAGAACGUUCAUCAGACACAUUAAUUGUGCAGCAUCAGGGCUUAUCAAAUUCUGAACCUUGUUCAUCGGUGUCUAACAUUUUGCCUCAAGACAACACAUUUCCUUCUGAGCCACGGUGGCUUCAGUGGAGGAAUGUGCAUGCUCUCUGCUGGUUAGAUUGCAUUCUGUCCAUACUAGUGCAUUUAGAAACACUGAAAAUAAUUUUGAUAGGAUCCGUCUCAGAAAAUUCAUCAGUAAUCCAUAGACUGCUCGCAACGUACAACCAAGCAAAUGCACUUGUGAAUAAUUGCCAGAGCAGGAACCCGGACACAGAGGCUCCUGUAGAUGUUCUGUCAAGAGCUGAAUCACACCUCAAUGAAAUCAGAAAUACAAUUUUUGCACAACUUCAGCCUCGACUUAAGUGUGCAUUGGGUAAUGAGGAAAGCCCGGUGUUUGCAUUCCCACUACUUUUACAGAAUGAUCCUCAAAUAGAGAAGCUCUUUUUCCAUUCAUUUUCAUGGACAUUUGAAUGUUUACAGUGUGGCCACCAAGUCAGUGACAGGUGUCAGAAUACCUUAACAACGUUUACAAAUAUAAUCCAAGAAUGGCACCCGCUAAAUGCUGUUCAUAUUGCUCCUUGCAAUAACUGCAGACACAGAACUCAGAGAAGAAAAAUGGUUCUGGAACAGGUCCCCUCGAUACUUAUGAUGCACUUUGUCGACGGCUUGCCUCAUAAUGACCUGAUGACCUAUUCAUUUCAGUUUCAAGAGGAUUCUUAUCGAAUAUCAGCUGUAGUUCAGUAUCGGCAGGAGCCAAAGCACUUUGUGGCAUGGGUCUUUAACUCAGAUGGAACGUGGCUGGAGUGUGAUGACUUACAGGGUUCAUACUGCAGUAGACGGGAAAGAUUUGGAGUGCCUCCCUCUGAGGUUCACAUUGUCAUCUGGGAAAGAAAGCCACCCCGAGUGACGAAGGAACUAGAUUUGCAGUUGCAGAAAGGUGGAGCUAGGGAAGCUUCUCUUCAGAAAGCAGAGAAAGAAUGUGGUGAUGAGGCUGCAGAUAAUAUUCCUUUCCUUUGCCAUGGAAAGGACCUCUCAAAUGCUCAUUCCAGGGACACACAAAACAUAGUUGGCAAUGACAAAAGUAGUUCACUUUGGGGGUUUGAAAACCUGGCAGAUGAUGAUGAGAUAACAUUGACUGUUGAAAGUGUUCCACUUGACUCAGUCGGUAAACCACUGGAAGACAGCAAUGUGACAGCGAGCAACCUGGUAGCUGAAAAACUACAGCAGCAAGACCCAGGUGGGGUUGCUGUGUCCCCAUUGUUGGAAAACACACAUGCUCUCUUGCAUGGAGGACAACCAAACAGUGAAAACACUGCGUCUGUUACGCUAGAAUUUUCGCCAAGCAGUAACAAUUACUCACCAGGAACCUUGUCAGUUCAAACAGUAUUAGCUCAAAGUAACACAAUUCCUGCUCAGGAUAGCAGUGGCUGGGUCCCAGAAAGGCUACAGAGCAAUAUCAGCAGAACAGAACCACGGACUAGUGUGCAGGAAACGCCCGACGCUGUGCAGCGUACAAGAAAAAGGACCACUAAUUCCCACACUGCUGUUCCGAAUCGUCCUUCCCAGUUACCCUGUCAGAACAGAGCAAAACCGUUUGUAGCAAGUUGGAUGCAGAGUCUUCAUAGAAAAAAUCCUUGUUUUAUGCCUAAAGCUAGUAAUAAAACUGAGAGUUCUCAAAAGCCUCUGAAGAAUGAACCUAUAGUAAAUCCACUAGUCAAGGGGCCAGCUGACUUCGGUGGCUUCUUAGCUAAGCAUUCAGAGAGAAAGCCCCAGGCAGCAAAAAGAGCAGUUCCUUCGUUACCCUCCGCCCGUUCUCUGGCUGCAAACCACCUUAGAGAGAAACAAACCUUUGGAAGUGAAGGAACUGUGAACAAGAUCCCAGUUACUUCUACUUUGGAUAAGCAGGUUCAGCCCAACCAAACUCUCGAUGGAAAUAAAAACUUUACAGCCGUUGAGGAGUCAAACCCACACCAGCUGCGUAUCCAACUUCGUCAACAUAAAGAUAAAAAGAAGCUUGCUUUGAUAGAAAAGCAGGCAAACGCCAGGGUGCGAAAUGGAAGAUCUUCCAAGAAAAGCAUGAAAGAGCAGUCACAGCUUGGAUCCCAGGAGGAAAACGAUUGCUUGUUAAGGGAACUGCAGCUCCACAUUGAGUUCGAAGAUGGCAAAUCUGUGAGAUCUCCAGGCACCAGUACGUCUCAAUGCAGCAGUGAUUUCAUUUUAUCUGAGCUGCUUUCUCCUGCUACAACUGUUGCUUCUUCGGAGCUUCCAGCAGAAGAAGAAUUCAAAUAUCUAGAAAUGGGGGGUUGCAGGAUAGAAUCCCCAGUAUCUAGUGAGAAAGCUGAGGGUGCGCAGAACUUGGAUCACAAUUACUACACUCCUGAAAAGGGAAGUUUAUAUGGGGAUCAUCUAGACAUCUUGGCAAACAAAUCAUCCCUGGAUAAAUUUAACUUUGAGAGUCCCACCAAACAAGAUAUUUUCGAAGAGUUCGGCAGUUCAGCGCUGAAUUCAGUAAUGGAUAAUGCUGACUACUUGCAUCAUUUUGAUGAAAGUCUGUUAACUUGGUGAAUUGUGUUUUAACAAUUUCAGAAUUUCCUAUUGAUUGGCUUUGAAGCAAAGCGUUAAUUAAUUUGCC